CUACGGCAGCGGAGGCCAGAAGGCAGCGCCUGUUGGAAGGGCCUUCAAGUUCGACGCCUUUGGGGGGCGGGGCCAGGACGCGGUUCAUUCAGCACGUGCUCGGGGCGUGGCUACCGGGGGCGGGGCGCGCGCGGAGUUCGCUGAGGCGGGAAAAGACAUGGAGCGCCAGGGAGUAAGUGAGGUGGCCGUGCCUCCCGUGGAGCUAAAGGACCAGGAACCGCCGGCGAUCACGGAGAGCGGAGAACAUCAGCAGAGAGAGGACCACGAGGACACACUUGGCUCCGUGGCCCCGAGUGCCACUUGCCAGCUGCCAGGACCCUUCUCCUCUCUGGACUCUAGCAUUGAAACCCUGAAGAAGAAGGCACAGGAACUGAUUGAAAACAUCAAUGAAAGCAGGCAGAAGGACCACGCACUUAUGACCAACUUCAGGGACAGCCUCAAGAUGAAGGUCUCAGAUAUGACAGAAAAGUUGGAGGAGAGGAUGUACCAGGUGUACAGCCACCACAGCAAAAUCAUUCAGGAAAGACUACAAGAAUUCACCCAGAAGAUGGCAAACAUCAACCAUCUGGAAAUGGAGCUCAAACAAGUCUGCCAAACUGUGGAAACUGUGUACAAGGACCUAUGUGCCCAGUAUGAGAUUCCCACCUCUGAAGAACAGAAUUACAAAGAUGGUGACUGCUGACUUCUGCUGGAGGCUGCCGUCUCAAUGCCUUCUCACCAAGAGAAGACAUGGGGGUUGCUGUGUGAGCAUGCUGAUACUGUUUUUACAGUUCUGUAACCCAACACAAAGCCUCCAGUGGUCUUUGUGCUAAUCACCAAAGUGUGACAAGGUUAGACCCUGUCAUAGGCCUUGCCUUAGCAAAUUCUCCCAACCCACAUCUACAGUUGAUUAAAUGUUUUGAUUUCA